ACACCAUUGAUGGUUCAGGUGACCUAUGUAAUACCGCGACAUUUCUUCGCUUAUCAGGUUUUUGUGUUCCAAAACAUUUUGGUUAAGUGGUAGUUCGAAUACGAUCAGAAAAGCAUAGCCAAUUUUUGGAGCAACUGAUAGUCAAUUUAACACAUGUCUAAAAGUUAACACUCGCGAUAAAACCGUCAUCUAUAAAUCACUAGCAGUAAUCUGAAAGUCAAUUAUUGGUAUUUGUGCUCUGUCAUCGUGGCUCAUAAUCUUCAAAUCAAACGUUGCAUUCAUGCCGUCGAUUGUGAAUUGUCGUAUAACUAGCUCAUUUGUUAUUAUUGCGUCAACGUUAAGUUCUAUAACGCCCGGUUUAGCGUUCGGUUUUUCUUCGGCAUGCACUCUCCAAGUGUACUUUACGAUCUGGAAAUCUGCGAUUUUCGCCAGUUCAUUGAACAUUGGUGGUCUUUUAGGCGGGUUGCUAUCAGCGCGUAUGUUGUCAACUGCUGGAAGACGUUUUACUCUUUUGGUAUCUUGUAUUCCUACUGUGUUAGGCUGGUUAUGGAUGUAUCUAUGUUCUGACGUAAUAUAUCAAAAUGCCUUCCCAACAAAUUUAUUUGUUUUUGGUCGUCUUUUAACUGGAUUUGGGGCGGGAUUAUGUAUUCCAUCUUCUGCCACAUAUAUGUUAGAAAUAUCUCCAAGUAAAAUUCGUGGUAUAGUUGGUUCAUUACCUCAAGUUGGAAUAGUCACAGGGAUUUGUAUAUCUUUUUUCAUGGCUAUGUUUACACUCUGGGAACAAAUCGCCCUAAUAAAUACCAUUUUCUCCAGCGUCAUACUAAUUCUCGUAUGGCUUCUCCCAGAAUCUCCGAAAUGGCUUCGAAAAGCUGGCCGUUUUCACGAGGCUAACAGUAUUAGCAUACAGUUGUUUGGGAUAGUAAGUCUUAUGUAA